AUGUUACAACGCAAACACGGAAUAAGUUUCAGCGAGACGGAGGCCAUCCUGGGAAAACUGGUCGACAGCCAGGUGGUCUUCAAGGUGGACUACAAGGGCAGCACUAGUUACCGCAACGCUGCCAAGUGGCGUAUCAACCAUCUCGCAAGCAGUGGUGGUGGCGGCGGCGGCGGCGGCACGGGUGUGCUCACCCAGAACUCGGACCAAGUAAGUCAGAAAAUACGGGAGGCCGUACGAGCGCUUGCCGGAGGAGGCGGUAAUAGCAGCACUCAUAACAGCAGCACUAACAACAACAACACUAUUAGUAAUAGUAGCAGCAGCAGUAGUAGUAGUACUAAUAGUAGUAAUAGUGGAGGGGGGCGAAGAGGACGACAACAACAACAGCAACAAAACAAUGACAACAAUUCGGGUGUAUCGACGUCAUCUAUAACUGCUGCUUCCAGCAAUAAAAAAUCCAACUCGGCUUCUACGGCUAACUUAUCAACAUCCAGUAAUACCUUUAACCAUACCGGUGAGAGGGAACCCUCUUCGAUAGGGGCAACAACAAAAAGAGGAGGCUCGAGUGUCCGAGCCGAUAAAGCUUCGACUCAUCUCCGGGCCACUUCGUCAGAAGACAAAAAUAACAAUAGUAAAAGUCCCGCUGGUGGCAGCGUCGCACCUGCUGCUACUGCGGCUGCUACAAUAUCGCCAGCCUCUUCGUCUACAACGGCAAGUCAGGCUUCAUCCACGCGACGGAACAGCGCUAAAAAGGAACAGACUGGUCCUACCGGCGUGAGUUUGAAAGACCUGGAGAACUGGUUAAAUAAACAAGAUAGUGAUAAUCCCUUGGUUAAAAAUCUGCUUGUGACUGCCUUGCAAAGAGAAGUUCAAGCCGGAUGGUUAAAACGUUUGCGAAAUGGUAAUUAUGUAGAUGUAGCUAGCAUUAGUAACAGCAACACUAACAGUAAAAAGAAAAACACCAACAAUAAUAAAGGUACUAAAAAUGCUAGUGGCAGCAGCGGGGCUCCCACUUCAUUAGCCCUAGCCUCAACUCCGAUUACGUCAUCUUCUUCUGUCAGUACUUGUGGUAUCGUUUCUCCGCCGGGUGAGUCCAACAUAGGAAAGAAUCACCCCACAACUACUGUCACCACCCCGAACACGAAUAACAACAGCAUUAUUAUUAUUACAAACAGUGCUAACUCUAGUACAAACAGUGCCACUCUCAUAACCUCAUCUUCCUCAAAGAGUUCAUUCGUUUCCCAGCCCGCCAAACCAAAUAUCAGUCACGGUACAAAGCGAAGCGCUUCGUCAGUAACGACUGGCCCUUUCCUUGCUACAAGCCAACCGUUAAUAUCCCCAUCCACCCCUGCUCUUAUUCCAACCUCAGAUGUAACUGCCCAUGGCCAACAAGGCACCACUUUGGUGUUAGUUCCGAGCUCUUCUCCGACAACCUCCGCUGCACACCCGACCCUAUUGUUACCCGUGUCCCCGGCCCAAACCUCUACCGAUUCUGACAGACGCCCAGCCCCGCUGACAGCAUCGUCGGUAUCAGCGUCUUCAUUUUCUUCCUCUUCUUUAUCCUCAUCGUCUAUUUCUGCCUCAUCCGGAUCUAACCACCACAACAAUGCUCUGGCCAGGGUGUCGCUGUCGUCUUCGUUAUCGACCCCGUCAAUGUCGACAGGGACCCCCGGCCUCAGCAGGGAGUCUGCCCCCGCGCGACGUGACAAUAAUAAUGCUAAGACCGCCAAAUCUACAGCUCUACAAACAGCCGGCCCCACAAACGCACCUGUCCCAGCUAAGAGAGGCCGACCCGCUUCCAAAAGAAAGGUAAGCACGUGCUGUAUACAUUUCUCUCCUUCCUAA